AUGUCGGCCGUGAAGCUGGUUCAGUACAUUGUCGUAAAUGGAGAAAUUGCCAAAACCUGGCCGAAAGGUGCGCUAAUCGCACAGUGUUGCCAUGCUGUGGCUGCUGUUGGCCAUUUGUACGCUGCUGAUCCGGACACAGAAGAAUAUUUUAAGGACCUAGAUAAUAUGCAUAAAGUAGUGCUCGAGGCACCUGACACGGCUAAACUUGUUGGCCUGGGAGAAGUGUUGCAACAGAACGAGGUCAAACAUAAGGUGUGGAUAGAACAGCCCGAAAACCAACCAACAUGCAUCGCAUUGAAACCGUACCCUAAAGAAGAGGUACAAAAAUAUAUGAAGAAAUUUAAACUGCUUAGCUAA